AUGAGCCUCCUCUCCCGACCAAGUACCAAAACGCCACUACAAGCUCUCUGGAUCAUGAGCAUCCGACACGCUGCGUGUGAACCAUGUCGACGAGCCAAGCUGGCUUGCGGCCACGAACGGCCCACUUGUGCCCGAUGCCGCAUCCGCGACCAGAUCGACCUCUGCGUCUAUCGAGCUCGGCCAUUUCGGAGAAGAAGCCCCAGUGAUCGUUUGAGAGAGCAGAGUGCAAGACAAUCGAUCCGUGUAAACGCCCUGACCACUCCCCCGUUGGAGACUUCGCCAAUCGCAGAGGUUCUCGGCACUUCUUCAUCUCGUCUCCGUCGAUACCCCAAUCCUGGCUAUCUUGGCGACGUGAGUCAUGCCAACAUCUUCAAUCAAGUGUCUUCACGGGCCCCUUCGGGGGUGGCCGCUGCCCAGCAAGACGAGUCCGUGCAGCAGCCGAUUCCCAGCCCUCCAGCCGAUACGUUUAUCGAUCAGGCAACUUUUGACAGAGCCAACCAUGCCUUGAGUCUGCUUGACCAGCUGCAGGUCUCGGGGCUGGCGUCUCUGAUCCGGUUCUGGCUCAAGAAGGGAGUGAACCUGGCGCUGGCAGAGCCCUUUGUCGAGACUUGUGCCGAAGCUGCCGUUGAUUGGAGAGAGCUGUCAACCCCUCAUGGAGCCAAA